AUGGGGGCUGAUCGAGAGUUCAAACACUUCUGCAAGCUAUGCAACAGAAGCUUUCCUUGUGGGAGAUCUUUAGGAGGUCACAUGAGGUCCCAUUUGUUCAACAGUCAAGCUGAAGCUGGCGAAAAUCUGAAGAAGAUAAAUUUGAAAAAAGCUGGAAGAAGAAACUCUGACAUGGAUAAGUUUCUGGGAGCUGGCGUUUCUGAUGGUUAUAGUCUUAGAAAGAACCCCAAAAAAACUAGCAGGCUUGCUGAAUUCAGUGCUGAGGACAGGUUUUGCAGAGAAUGUGGUAGAAGCUUUCAGUCCUGGAAGGCUCUGUUUGGCCACAUGAAAUGUCACUCCACAGAAACUGAGAGAGUGUCUAGUAAUUUGGAGUUUGAUAGCCAAUCAGACAAAGAAAUUGCAGCUGCUAAUCGUGGGAAGAGAUCUAGGAGGAGACAAACAAGGUACAUGGCUGCUGAAACUUCAUCUUCCUUUUCAUUUGCUAAUGCCACUGCUGCUGCUGCUGCUGCUGCUUCUUCAUCUGUUUCUGAUCAUAAUGAUCAAGAACAAGAAGAGGUUGCUUUGUGUUUAAUGAUGCUUUCUAAAGAUGUUGGUGGUUUUCAUUCAACCACCGAGUCUUCUGACAACAACUGUAUGCCUAAACAAGCUCCCCCUCUGGUCCCAAAAACUCACUUCUCCAAAGCUGUUGAAGCUAUUCCUACCAUAUGCAUGGGGAAUGAGAUGGUGAGAUUGACAGAACUCCAUAGCAGAAAGUUGGAGCUCAGUGAUAUGGAAUCUGGGUAUCUCAAAUUUGAAGGAUCAAACACAGAAUUCAGUGAUUCCGCUGUUAAGAUGAACAAGAACAACGAGAAAUCCCAGCAUGAUGACAGAUUUGGAUCAAGUUCCAACAACCAAACUUACUUUAACCAACCACAGUUCAUUUCCAGUAAGUUCAAUUCAGAUCAGAGAAAAUUCCAUGAGCUAUCUAAUGGGGAAUUGAGGUCAAAUUCCCUAAGAAGAUCAACACCCAAUGAACUAAACUCAGAAGCAUAUGAAAGCAAAGGAAAGAGAAGCAAAUUCCAGUGUAGUUCAUGCCCCAAGAUCUUUCACUCAUAUCAAGCACUUGGUGGGCAUAAAGCCAGCCACAAGAGAACCAAAGGAUGCUUGGCUUCAAAGACGGAAAACAGUGAAAAUAGCAACGAAACAGAGAUAUCGAACGACCCAACAUUCGAAAGUAAGUCCACAGCCACAGUCAUAGAGAUGGAAAAUCAGCAGGAAUCAGACAGUCACAUGGGGUAUGAGAAAAAGAACAGAAAGCAUCACCAAUGCUCCAUUUGCUUCAAGAUUUUUAGUUCAGGCCAAGCUUUGGGCGGCCAUAAGAGGUCCCAUUUGAUAAGUGGGUCAGAAUCCAGGAACAAAUUGCCACAAACCACACCGAUUGAGAAACCAAAGGCAGAAAAAAGAGACUUUCUGGAUCUGAAUCUCCCUGCGCCCAUCGAUGAAGAGGGCAGCAGCCAUUUGGGGUCUCUCGAGCCAUGGUGGGUCGGUGGAAGCCAUUCGCACGAGCAGGCAUUAGUGGGUUUGAUUUGA